AUGCCUGCUGAUAGGAAGUCGACCCGGGGGAGGAUUCGGUCGAGGACCCGGGCAAAGUUCCGAAUAUUGCGGCGGGAGCAGUCCAAGAAGGUCAAUUUGGGAGGGGAGAGCAGUGCGGAGAACCCAGCGACGGAGGCACACCCUAGGGGUAGCAUGGCGUCCGCGCAGCAGUCUAGGGGGCAGGCCUCUGUGCAUGGCGUCCGGGGUGAGACACGCCGAUCUACAGUAAAGGUGUGGGUCAGCCAGCGCUUCGGGCUGUUCCUGCUAGGUUUCUGGUUCCUCCUGCUGCUGUGCUUCUACAGGCGUGCUGGGUUUACGGAUUCUGCAUCUGCAAAUAACUAUAUUCUGUGGAGCAGUGAAAAUGCUGAUGGACAAUCUCUGAAUGAAACUUCUGCCUUGAGAUCUCUGAUAAGAUUUUUCUUUCCAACAACAUGCGUUCCAGUGGAGGGUCAGGUGCUAAAGCCUUGCAAGCAGGGGCAAGAUCUUAACAAGGAUGAAUGUUUGAAAUACAAAUGCUGUUAUUCUUCACUCAAGACCACUACGGUUAGCUGUUUUGCCCCGCUGAGAGACAAGCCUACGCAGAUGUUCCGGAUGUUUGGGUUUGGUGUGAUAAGCAUGAUAUUCCUGGGAUGUCUGCCCAUUUAUUGCUGCUCUUUUUGCUGGAGGAGCAAAUGGGCUGGUCUUUUACGAAGAAGAUUGAACAGAGUUUUAAAGCGUUUGAAGAAACACAGAAAGAAACACAGAAAGAGGGAUACUGAAAUGUUGGAAACAGCAGUGGAUGAGGAAGGAUAUGGUGACGUAAAGGACCAGGAGACUAUAGGUCCGAGCAGCUCAGGCAACCAGGUGCUUGGCGAGCGCACUCUCCCUAAGUGGGAGCUGUGUCUUAUUGCCUCCCCGGUCGGUCCCAGCCCCUUGGUUUCCCGGGUGGCAGCGAAAGCGCCUGUCUCAGACUUAAAGCUAUUCUGUGAAUGUAGGAAAUGGUUCCAGAAUGCCAGUGGUAUGCUGGAGCCAGCUUGUACCUUCCAGCAAGAACUAGCUGUGUGCAUCUCUUCCCAGUUCUGCCUUUAG